AUGUCGACACCCGCGAUGCAGCCUGUCAUCACGCCGUCCGACUCCCACAGCAAGUCGGUCACGAUCCGCGUCGGCACGAGAAAGUCAGCACUCGCCCUCAAACAGGCCGACUAUGUCGUCAGCUCGCUGUCCAAGCUCCACCCGGACGUCAACUUCGAGAUCGUCGGCAUGCACUCGGCUGCCGACAAGGACAAGGUCACGGCCCUCUACAACUUUGGCGGCAAGGGCCUGUGGACCAACGAGCUCGAGGCCGGCCUCAUGGCCCGCGAGCUCGACAUCAUCGUGCACUCGCUCAAGGACAUGCCCACCAGCCUACCCGACGGCUGCGUGCUCGCCUGCGUGCCCGAGAGGGAGGACCCCCGUGACGUCGUCGUGGUCAAGAAGGCGCUGGAGGGCAGGUACAACUCACUGGCCGACCUGCCCGCCGGCAGCGUCGUCGGCACCAGCUCGGUGCGCAGGAUGGCCCAGAUCCGGAGGCGAUACCCGGCGCUCGAGUUCAGGGACAUGAGGGGCAACAUUGACACCCGGCUCAAGAAGCUGGACGCCGAGGAUUCCGACUACUCGGUGCUGAUCCUGGCGGCGGCUGGCCUGUCGAGGAUGGGACUCCUGGGGCGCGUCACGCAGUACCUGGACAGCACCACCGAGGGCGGCGGCAUGCUGCACGCCGUCGGCCAGGGCGGGCUGGGCAUCGAGGCCCGGGCAGACGACGAGCAGACUCUCAGGCUCCUCAAGGCGCUGGAGAGCAACGAGGUCAUGCUGGCGGCCGAGGCGGAACGCAGCGUCAUGCGGACCCUGGAGGGCGGCUGCAGCAUCCCCAUCGGCGUCGAGACGAGGUGGGUCGGCGACAACAGGCUGCGCCUGGCCGCUACCGUGGUCAGCGUCGACGGCACGCAGGCGGCAGAUGACGCACUGGAGCAGGAGGUCAAGACCAGGGAGCAGGCAGUCGAGUUUGGCGAGGAGGUUGCGCGGCGGCUGACCGAGAACGGGGCGCAGAAGAUCCUUGAUGUCAUCAAUGCCGAAAGAGCGGCCAACCCCAGCACCGAGAAAUGGGUUCCGGCGUAA